CUAUCUCCUCAUUUACAACAUACUAGUUCUUUCUUUUACUCUAUAAACAUUACACAUAUAGUUUCUUAAUAUUUCUGAGUUCAACAUCAAGAAAAACUCAUCAUGGCUUCGAAUAGUUCUUUAAUGCUGCUAAUGCUUCUUGGCAUCUUCUCUUCCAUGGCAGCUGCAAAUUUCUACCAAAAUUUUGACAUUACAUGGGGAGAUGGCCGUGCUAAGAUUCUCAACAACGGAGACCUUCUUACGCUAAACCUUGACCAAGCUUCUGGUUCUGGAUUUCAAUCCAAAAAUGAGUAUUUAUUUGGACAAAUUGAUAUGCAACUCAAGCUUGUACCUGGCAACUCCGCCGGCACCGUCACUGCCUAUUAUUUAUCCUCAAAAGGGUCUACUUGGGAUGAGAUAGACUUUGAGUUCUUGGGAAAUUUGAGUGGAGAUCCUUACAUUCUUCACACCAAUGUGUUUAGCCAAGGCAAAGGAAACAGAGAGCAACAAUUCUAUUUAUGGUUCGACCCAACUGCUGAUUUCCACACCUAUUCCAUUCUUUGGAAUCCCCAACGCAUCAUCUUCUCCGUUGAUGGGACCCCAAUUAGAGAGUUCAAGAACUUGGAAUCCGCUGGAGUUCCAUUUCCAAAGAGUCAACCAAUGAGAAUUUACUCAAGUCUGUGGAAUGCAGAUGAUUGGGCCACAAGAGGUGGUCUUGUGAAGACAGAUUGGAGUCGAGCUCCCUUCACUGCUUCUUACAGAAACUUCAACGCCAAUGCUUGUAUUUGGUCUAAUGGAGCAUCUUCUUGCAAAUCUAAUUCACCUUCCGGUAGUAAUGUGUGGCUGUCACAAGAAUUAGACACAAACAGUCAAGAUAGGCUCCAGUGGGUACAAAAGAAUUACAUGAUCUAUAAUUACUGCACAGACACUAAAAGAUUUCCUCAAGGCAUCCCUCCAGAAUGCAGCAUGUCAUAGAAGGCUGAGAAGGACAUAACAUUCAAUACAAUUUUUGUUUUUCUUUUUCAACAUAUCUUGAUUCUUUUUCUUUACAUUCUUUUGUUCUAUGCAAUUAGAUAUGACAAAAUUCGUUCUAUGUAAAGCUGCUUUGAAUCUUGAUUAAUGCUAUUUGUUCAUUAUCUCCAUUGAGAUCUUCA